AUGAAUGGAUAUGGGGCUUCCUCCUGGGUCUGGCUCCUGCAUAGCUCAUCCCACCUCAUCAUGAGCCUCAACUGCCUACAUCUUGGCCAAGCAGCACACGGGCUGCAGAAGGGACAGCCGACCCUGUCUAUCUGGGACAGGUCCCCUGCAGGCCUUCUCCAUCCUCAGCACCCUCAGCCUCUGUCCCCUGGCCUGGCCCCUCUGUUCUUCUGUGAGUCACAGAGAACAAGGCUAGGCAACCAGGGGAAGAGGAAGAAAGGCCCCAGCAAGCCCCAGUGGUCUGGCAGCAUCCAGCCACCAUCGCUUAGAAGGAUGCCCAUGAGGAAGUUGGCCCCGGAAGCAGCCUGGUGGUGCCAGCUGAAGCCCCUCUUGGAGAGUCAGCAGGCUUGGGCAGCUGUUUCCACACCAAGGUGGUGGCUUCUCUGCAAACCAGCCCAGGGGAGGACUCCAGGGUGGACGGCCUUUGAGGUCCAUCCCAUGCUGACGCAGAAGCUCCCAGAACACUCAGGAAACCUCUCCGGACAGAGCCCUCUUUGUCAACCCAAGACCCUCCCAAGGCCUCUACUGCCCUCUGGGUCCAACAGAGGGGGUGGAAGAGGGGCCACUCCCUGCCACCUAGAGCUUCUCCGAAUGACAAUCAGCUCAUGCCAGGAAGGAUCCAGGGCAGAGGACACCACACCUCCCAGUGUCCCAGCCCCCAGCUGCAGCCUCUUCCCCCUUGAGCAUCCAUCCCCUCCACCAAGCCCUCCUGGGCCUGAGCCCUUUCUCUAUAAGAGUGCCACACCACCACCGCUACCACCACCUCACCCCUCGAGCACUUCCCCAUUAUGACAAACCUGUGUCAUUGGCUCAGACACAGGUCUGCUCACCCCAGAACAUGCCUCCCCUCCCAAGCCACACUGUGCACGAAGCGGGUGCAGGAGAAGGGCCAUGUCCCAUUCACGUGGGCACCCCCCUUCCGGGCUCCUCACGGGGGCCUGGCUCAGUCUUCUCAGCUCCGGGGAUCAGCCCUGGUGGGCAUGGAGUGGGGGGCAGGGAGGUGCCCUCCCCCUCCCCCAGGGAAGCCACUGAAGAAUGUUUACAUGCCAAACAGAAUGUAACACCCUCCCCCACCUCUUCCCAGUCACUGCAUGGCCUCUGCCCACCCUGCACCUGUCCACCCCCACCCCAACACCCUGGAAGCCGCUGUCAUGAUUAGAUCGGGUCUUGGAAGGGAAGUAGCCAUCACACCAUUAAAAAGCCUGUGGACCUUU